GUAGAGGGGUAGUGUAGCAUCACGUGUGCGUUUCGGCUCAUGGAACAUAGGGACCCUCACAGGUAAUUUAAUUGAGUUGGUGCAAGUUCUCAAGAGGAGAAGGAUUCAGGUGGCAUGCGUGCAAGAAACCAGGUGGGUGGGAACUAAGGCGCGAGAGGUUGAUGGUUUCAAACUGUGACGAAGUAAAGAAGGAGUUUUGGGACGCCUUGGGUGGGGUGGUUGUUGGUUUUCCACUGACUGAGAAAGUAAUCAUUGGAGGCGACUUUAAUGGCCAUAUUGGAGAAUCGGCCGAGGACUUUGAGGACGUGCACCGUGGUUUUGGCUUUGGCAGCAGGAACCCAGCGGGAGUUUCACUCUUGGAGUUUGCCAGAGCGAGUGAUAUGGUGGUUACUAAAUCUUGUUUCCCUAAACGAGACGACCAUUUGGCUACAUUUGUUAGUGGAGUGGGGACAAGACAGAUCGACUAUCUUCUUCUGUGCAGGUGUGAUCGGGUGCUCUACAAGGAUGCCAAAGUAAUUCCAAGUGAAAACAUCACUACCCAAGACAAGCUUCCGGUGAUGGAUGUCAUGAUCAGGGAAGUGUUAGGUGUGAGCUAUGGCUCGGGGAGUAGGCGUCAGGGCGAUUGGUGGUGGAGUGAUUCAGUCCGAAAGGUUACGAGGGAAAAGAACGCCGCUUUUGAAUGCCUCUACAAGGAUAUUGAGGAGAAAGGCAGUGUUAAUCGACUGUUCCGGCUUGUUAAGGUGCGUGAGAGGAAGGCCCGAGAUCUGGAUCACGUGAGAUGCGUGAAGGGCAACGAUGGUAGUGUGUUAGUUGAGAGUGCCAAGGUGGCUAAGCGCUUGGGGGAGUACUUUAGUGAACUCUUAAAUGUGGGAGGAGACCAAAGGCUAGUUCUUGAUGAGUUGGGGCAGUCCGGGGCGUGUCGUGUGUUUUGCCGGCGCAUUUUCCAGGAAGAGGUGGUUCGGGCUCUCCGCGGGAUGCAUAGUGGGAGAGCUUUGGGACCAGAUGAGAUUCCGGUGGAGUUUUGGAAGCAUGCGAGUCGUGGUGCGAGGAUCGACUACAAAGGUCAUUCAUCUCGCGAGGAUCAGAGGUUAAUGGAAGAGUAUAAGGACAGGAAGAAGGACAUCCAUAUGGUUUUUAUUGACCUUGAGAAGGCGUACGAUAGGGUGCCAAGGGAGGCCGAUGGCGAGUUAGAUGGGGAUGUUGGACAUCGUGUUAGAGUGGCUUGGGCCCAAUGGCGGUUAGCUUUAGUGGUGUUGUGUGAUCCGAAGAUUUCGCCCAGGAUGAAAGGUAACGGAGAUGCAGAUGUUACGAUGAAUGGUGGGAAGACAAGGUUGGAUAGGAUUUCGAACGAAGUUAUUCGACGUCACGUAGGCAUGGCGCCGGUGAAAGAUAAGUUGCGGGAAGCGAGGUUGAGAUGGUUUGGUCAUGUGAGACGGCGGGAUGCUGACGUCACGGCCCUUUACGGAGAUGCGAGAGGAUUACAGUUAUCGGGGGAAGUAGGGGAAGAGGUAGACCUAUGAAGAAUAGGAGGGAGGCGAUUAGGUUGAGCUAGGGGUCUCUUGGAAAUAGCCUCCCUACUUCCGAGUAGGGCAAGAUCUGUGUACACACACCCUCCCCAUACCCUACUGUAGUGGGAUUCAACUGGGAUGUUGUUAUUUACAUGAUUAAAUUUUAAUCAAUUUUUAACAUAUUU